AUGUUGCCUUCUUUAACAGAUAAAACAACGACAUCGUAUUCAACUCUUAAACAAAGUCGUUUAAAGCAACCUCAUGAGCUUCUUAAGUCUUUAAAACCAUCAAGUUCGAAGGAGAUCAAGCUUCCAAUGUUGAUUAAACUUCCAUGCAAUCAAGAAGAACAAAACGAAGUAGACCAAACGAAUUCUAAUCUAACAUCAAUGUCAUCAUCUCGUUCUUUAUUAACUUCAGCACACAAGAAAGAUAAACAUCGUGUUUUUAUUCAAGAAUUGGAAGAAAAGAAGCGAAAAGAAAAAGAAAAGAUCAAGCGAGAAGAAAGAUGCAAGAAGAAACGUCAUGAAAGGAUCACACGCACUUUAUUAGAGAAAGCAAAAAGUCGAGAGAAACAAAUUGUAACUUGCAAUGAAGUUGAUGGUCCAAGUAUUGAAUCAAUUAGUUCAAAUGAACCACAAGAAGAUGACGAAGAAGAACGAAAGUUAAAAGCAAGACGUCAAAAACGAUUGUUAAAGAAACAACAAGCAUUUCUUGUACAGAUUCAAGCAAAACAACAACAAGAGUUAAAAACUCAAGAACUUGAACGAAAACGUCUUCAACGUACAUUGAAAAAAGUGACGCAAACGGUGUUACAUAAGAUGAAAGAUAAUGAUCAAGUAUACAAAGAAUAUCAUGCUUUUGAAGAUGUCGGACAUGUCAUUUCGUUAAUAAUCGAAGCAGCUUUCGAAAGAAUUAAAAGUAUGAAACCAAACGAAGAGAAACAGAAAGCAAAAGAACAACGAAUUGCUUUAUAUCGAAAACACCAGCAACAUCUUCAAAAACUUAUUGAUCAGCGCAAACAAAAAGAAAAAGAAGUUGAAGAUGUUCGUUUAUUGAAUGAAAAGCGCAAACAAAAGAUUCAAAAAGAAGCACAGCAACGAUUGCAAGAAGCUGCUGAAACAUUAGCACAAUUGAGAGCAAAAGAAGAAGCUGAGGCUGCAGUAGUCGAAAGUCUAAACGAAGUCAAGCCAAGUAUUGAUGUCGAUGCAAUGGUUGCUCGAUUAAGUAAAUUAAAAGAUCGUGAUACUGAAAUUAUACCGGAAGCUCGUGAUUUCUUAUCUUGGAAAAAACGUCAUGGAGUUGCGUUGGAUCAAAAAGUCUUUUCAAUCACAGGAUGGUAUCCAGUCAUUCGAGAAGAAUUAGAAAAACGUGGAUGGUUUUACAAUCCUGAUCGAACAUCACCAUAUUUUGAUUUGAAAUGGACUUUAAAAAGUGACGAUUUGCGAACAGGGAAGCUUGAGAAACAUCAAUAUGUCAAUCAUUUUGCUCAAAAUGCAGCUAUUACAACAAAAGUUGGAUUGAUUUUGAAUCUUCGUAAUGCUAUAUGGCACCAAAGUGUUGAUAUUGAUGAAAUGUUUCCACGUGCAUAUGAUUUAAAUGAUGGGAAUGAUAUGGAGAAAUUUAUUCAAGACUUUCGUUAUGGUGUUGCUGAAAGACUUUUGAAAAUCAUUGCAAGACAAGGAAUAGAAGAGAAAAGUCCGAACUUUGACAAGGAAAGAAUGAUAGUUAAUGAAGCAGUUUUGGAUGUUAUUCUUGAUAUAGCUCGAAAAAAGAUUAAAAGUAAAUGUCCAGAAAGUCAAACCGUUCAAAAAGUUGAUGAGUUGGAAGAAAGUGUGGAUAAUCCUUUAUCCAUUGGAUUUGAUAUACUUGUAACAGAUUUACAAUGGGAAGUUUUAUCAACAUGUUCAUUGAAUGAAGUCGGUCAUUUACGAGCUUCAUUAGUUUACAAAAAGAAAGUGUUUGAAGAAGAAAAUUCCUUUGAUUCCAAGUUGAAAAUUUCGACAAUUCGUUCAAACGAGGAAAAGAAACUCAAACGAUUUGUUGAAAAACUGCAUAUUGAUGCAUUUAAUCAAGAAAAAGCGCGUCUUGAAAAUCUUCUUCCUCGUGUUUCUCCCGUAAGUAUUGAAACAUUUGAUCAAAUCUUUCAAAUUCUUCAAGAACUUGAGAAAUUAUGUCCACAAUUUCAUUUGAAUGGUGGAACAGAAUUUCUACAUUCUGUAUCUCAUUCUCUUACUACUACAAACAUGAGUGAAAAUGCAUGGAUUGUUAAACCUGCUGGUAUGUCUCGAGGCCGUGGAAUUCGUGUAUUUAAUGAUUUGAAUCACUUAUUUGAAUAUGUGGAUGUUGAAAAUCACAAAGAAUGUCAAUGGAUUGCUCAAAAAUAUAUUGAAAAUCCACUUUUAAUUUUUAAACGAAAAUUUGAUAUUCGACAAUGGGUACUUGUGACAGAAUGGGAUCCUCUUACUAUUUGGUGUCAUAUUGAUUCUUACCUACGCUUUUCGUCAGAAGAAUAUUCAAUGGACGAUCUGACUGAUCAGUAUGUACAUUUGACAAAUAAUUCUAUACAAAAGUAUAGUCAGAAUUUUCAUCAUGUGUAUGCAACGGAUGAUGGAAAAAUGCAAGUUGAAGGAAAUAUGUGGCAUUCUGAUGAUUUUAAACAGUUUUUAUCAUUAAAAAUGGGUAAACCAACUAUUUGGGACGCACAGAUUCAUCCACGCAUGAAAGAGAUUAUCGUACAGUCCUUACAGUGCGUACAGGAUCUUGUACAACAUCGUAGUAACACUUGUGAGUUAUAUGGUUACGAUUUUAUGUUAGAUGCGAACUUGAAUCCUUGGCUCAUUGAAGUCAAUAGCUCACCAGCAUGUGAUUAUAGUACGUCGACUGCUCAGCGUUAUGUUGAGUCGGGAUUGGCUGGAAUUAUUCAAGUUGUAGUUGAUUAUCGUGACUUUGAAGUAAAGAAGCAAAAUGGUACGAAUGGAAGUUUAAAUGAGCCGGAAACCGGUUGUUGGCAGCGUAUACAUAAAGCUGAUUAUGUUGGGAAACCUACAUCGUCAUUUGGUCAUGAUUUUCAGAUAAAAGGAUCAAAAAUGCAGCGUAGUCGUCGAAAGAAGAAAAUGGACGAUACUCAUGACGUUCGUCGUACAGUUUCAACGACUUGUGUCAUAUCUGAGAAUAGUCCAAACGUAGAUUCUUGUACAGAGGUUGAGAGUCGUACAGUACAGAUGCACGACGAUACCGGUAUUGAUCCUUUAUUGUAA